UUCCCUUCCAUGCAAGGACAAAUUCUUUGAUAAAUGUGAGAAAGAAAGAGAGAGAAAGACAGAAAUAGAGAGAGAUUGGUGUUUUGUAAAGUUGCUUGUAGCAUUUUGCUAAUUUACAGUGUAUGAGCAGCAAAGGAAUAAGGGAGUGAGAGAGGUAAGUAAAGAAGAAGAGAGAGUACUCCAACACACACUCACACACAAAACACAAACAUGUUUGAUGGAGUCCCAGACCAGUUCCACCAAUUCAUAACACCAAGGACUUCACUUCCUCUUCACUUACCUUUCCCUCUCCAUGCUUCUUCAGCCCCUAACAAUAACACCACCUUCCCUUCUUUUGAUCCUUACAACCCUUCUCAUCAUCAAUUGCCAUUCCAGCCCAAUCUCUUGCACCACCCAUUACACCACAAAGAUGAAGAGAAGGAAGAAAACAACAACACAGUGCAGCCAAAUCCAAUGAACUUUCAAAUUGAAAGAGAUCAAAGACAACAACUACCUCAGCUUCAGCAGCAGCAGGUUGAUCCCUGGACAAAUGAUGAAGUUCUUGCUCUUUUAAGGAUCAGAUCUAGUAUGGAGAGUUGGUUCCCAGAGUUCACUUGGGAACAUGUCUCAAGGAAGCUAGCAGAAGUUGGAUACAAGAGGAGUGCAGAGAAGUGCAAGGAGAAGUUUGAAGAAGAGACUAGAUAUUUCAACAACAUUAAUUACACCAACAAGAGUACUAAUAUUAAUAAUUAUCGGUUUCUCACUGAGCUUGAAGAGCUUUAUGAGGAGGUAGGGACUGAGAAGAGUACUACUCAUCAGCAGCAGCAGCAACAACAAGACAAGAUGGAGGAGCGUGCAGCAUUGGAUGAUCAGGAUCAUCAUGAUGAUUCGGUUGAUCAAACAAAACAAAACAAGGCUCAAAGUGAGGAGGAUCAAGAGAAAAUCAUGAAGGAGAGGAAGAGGAAGAGGGUUGAUGAUAGGUUUGAGGUGUUCAAGGGGUUUUGUGAGAGUGUUGUGAACAACAUGAUGGCUCGGCAGGAAGAGAUGCACAGGAAAAUCAUUGAGGACAUGGUGAGAAGAGAUGAAGAGAAGUUCUCAAAAGAGGAAGCAUGGAAGAAGCAAGAGAUGGAUAAGAUGAACAAGGAGCUUGAGAUGAUGGCACAUGAGCAAGCUAUUGCUGGUGAUAGGCAAGCCAACAUCAUUCAAUUCUUGAAGAAUUUUGAGAAAAGUCAAAGAUUUGGAAGCGGAAAUGGAAAAGAGAAACUCAAGGUAACAAGUGAAGAUUCUUCCACAUUGCUCUCACAAAACCCUAGUCCUUCACCUUCUUCUACUUUACCUACUUCAUGUGCACUUGUAGUAGCUGAAAACCCUAGCUCAAUUAAUCUUGGUCAAGACACAUCAUCACGAGUUGUUGUUCCUUUUGAGAACCCUAGUUCUUCUCUAAAUCCACAAGAGACAAAUUCUGUUUUGAUUCAUAAAGGCUCCACUAUAGAGAAAGAUGAUGUUGGGAGAAGGUGGCCAAAAGAUGAGGUUUUGGCACUGAUAAACCUAAGGUGCACUAGCAACAACAAUGAGGACAAGGAAGGGAACAAUAAGGCACCACUAUGGGAGAGAAUCUCACAAGGGAUGUUAGAGUUGGGAUACAAGAGGAGUGCAAAGAGGUGUAAAGAGAAAUGGGAGAACAUAAACAAGUACUUCAGGAAAACCAAGGAUAACACUAGUAAGAAGAGGUCCCUUGAUUCAAGGACAUGUCCCUACUUCCAUCAACUCAGCAAUCUGUAUAAUCAAGGGAAACUUGUUCCACAAUCUGAAAGGCCAGAAGGGAAAUUGAAUAAUGCGGCAGCAAAUAAUAAUGCACCAGAUCAAAUUACCCCUCAAGCUGAGUCUUCUUCCACCCAAGUGGGGUCUGGUUGUGGUAAUUUCACUGUGCAGCAGCAGCAACAGCAGAAGGUUGAUGAUCAUGAAGGUGAGAAAACUUCGAUGCAGCAAGUACCUUCUUUGGAUUUUGAUCAGUUUUAAUUCAUUAUUGAUUUGCCCAUUUUCUAUCACAUAAUAAUAAGUACAACAUCUUUUGUAUCUUCUGUAAUUUUUUCUUUUUCUUUCUUUUUACUUGAUGGUGGCUAUUUAAUUUAUAGCAUAUAUAAUUUGAAUGUAUAAUUGAAAAACUUAGAUUUGAUGAUCGCACCGACAGGUUGAGGAAUGAGAACAAUAUUUAUGUUCUAGUGUAA